AUGUCCGGUGAUAAUGAACGUGAAAUGGUGACAAGAGGAAUCCAAAAUGGUGCUGCAUUUUAUCUGACCAAGCCUUUGACUUAUUCUGACAUUGAGAAGUUAUGGCAACAUGUUUUUACAAGAAAGAUGGAAACCAAAAUCAUGAAACAAACAGAAAUUCGUGGACAAGAUUCGCUGCAACAACAAAAACAAAGGAUUAGUAGCAUUGAUGGAUCAUCUUCUAAAUCUAAUGAUCAAGAACAUAGGCCAGAUUCGUUGCGUCGCCAAAAUCAAAAGAUUAGUAACAUUGGUGUAUCAUCAUCUAAAGCUAAUGGCCAAGAAACACUACUCAAGCCACACGAAUUAAUUACUAGGAAAGAACCUCUUGACGAUCCGCUGAGCGAUGAUGAAACGAGUCGCCUUCCUCAAAUUCCAAAGAACGGCAAAGGGGUUGUGUGGAAGGGAAAAUUACAAAAUCUCUUCCUGCAAGCUGUUGAAUACAUGGGGGUUACGCAUGCUGAGCCAAAGAAGAUACAGGAAUACAUGAAAGUUCCAGGGUUAACUCGAAAGAACAUUGCAAGCCACCUUCAGAAGCACAGGUUCAAAGAUCGAGUGGAAAAAAGAACAGAGCCAAGUACUAGAGCACCAUCAAAUGUACAACCUCAGAAUCCUCAAGAAACAUCUCAAUAUUCAUUUUCAUCAUUCCAAGCAGAGUCAAGAGACGGUAGCUUUCAGGGUUUUAAUGCGCCAUCAUCGUUAUUUCCCACAAACAACAAUCAAAGGUUAUUGGCACCAACACAUCAACCAUGGCUUGCUCGUAGUACUUCUAUUGAGAAUGAACAAUCUAUUAAUCCGCAAAACAUCGCUGCUAUCAGUCAUUGCAACACGACCAAUUGUUGCGACAAAUUUAUGUCCGAACUCAACUUCAACGUAAGAGAGUAUUUAGUGGAUGGUUAUACUGAUGAUGGUGACACCAUUUAA